AAGACGAUCACAAUAAACGGUCACCAUCCUCGCUGCCUACUCUCCGGUACGAGCGAUGGCGGACCCUGCGCUUCACCCGGAGACCCGAUCCGUCCAAACCCGGACCCUCAAGCAGAUAGCCGUCGACUACACCCCGGAGGUGUGCACCCAUUGCCCCCACUCCGACUCCAUCACCAUUACCUUCGACCACCGCGGCGGCGCGCGGUGGCGGUCCGCCACCCGCUUCUGCUACGGGACGUUCGGCGCCAAAAUCCGGUGCCCCGAAGGCAACACCAGCGGCCUCAACUUCAACAUCUACCUCUCCUCCCUCGAAGGCGACAAGUCCCAGGAUGAGAUCGACUUCGAGUUCUUGGGCAAGGACAAAUCCAUCGUCCAAACCAACUUCUACGCUUCAGGGACCGGAAACAGAGAGGCGAUCCACGAUCUAGGGUUCGACUGCUCCGAUGGCUUCCACGAGUACGUGAUCAGGUGGUACCCUGAUGUGAUCGAGUGGUUGAUUGACGGAAAAUUGAUCAGGAGAGAGCCGAAGAAGGAAGGUUUAGGGUUUCCGGAGAAACCCAUGUUCUUGUACGCAUCAGUUUGGGAUGCGAGCUACAUCAAUGAAGGGAGGUGGACGGGGCCUUACGUGGGCUGCGAUGCGCCCUAUGUUUGCCACUACAAGGAUGUGAUCGUGCCUCUUGACACUGCAGAGUAAAGUUCGAGGAACAGGUUGAAACAGAAUCCCACCAUUUCUUGCCAAAUUUUCCAUACAGAACUCUUGGUGAUGAAAGAGUCAAGUGGUUUUAUCACAAACUUAGAUGGUGGUAGCUAGAACUUGGAAAGUUGAUAAAUCUGUCUUUCCAGCUGGUUUAGCUGGGCUGUUUUCCUCCCAUAGAAGCAUUCAUAAUGUCAUUGGAGACAGAAUAUGAGAUGGUUUUCAAUUGUCUGCAUGGCGAGGUUCAACAUCGUACCAAGUGUUAAUCACAUUAUAGAUUCUAACUAGCCAAUCAUAUUUAUCUAUGACCGUAUCUUUUGUAAGUUUAUUAUAACUCAUGUAUUGAGACAAAGGAAUAAAAGAAUACCUCAAAUUCUCAUUGCCAGAAAUGAGCUGCAUUGCAGCGUUUAAAUACAAUGUGAUGCCCUGCUCUAGCUAACUGCUAACUGCACUAACCAACGAAACUGAUUCUCUAACUGUACUGUACAAACGAACAACUAAUAACAAAACAUAACAAAUUUUAAGCUAGCUAGCUAAUAUUUGUUACUCCCCCUCAAGAUGGACCAUGAAUGUCAAGGAUGGCCAUCUUGGCUAAUAAAGGAAACAGCUGAGCAGCUGGUAGAGGUUUAGUGAGCACAUCAGCCAAUUGAUGCUGAGUGCAGAUAGGGAGUAGCUUGAUAAAGCCAUCAGCAAUCUUUUCCCAAACGAAGUGGCAGUCAAGUUCAAUGUGUUUUGUGCGUUCAUGGAAUACUAGAUUAGUAGCAAUAUGGACAGCUGCUUGAUUAUCACAAAAGAGUAGAGCAGGGGCUGGAGAAGAAACCUGAAAAUCCAACAAUAGCUGAGUGAGCCAUACAAGCUCACUAGCAGUGGACGCAAGGGGAUGAUAUUCAGCCUCAGCAGAUGAGCGGGAGACAAUGCUCUGCCUCUUAGCUCUCCAGGAUACCAAAGACUCACCAAGGAAAAUACAAAAUCCGGUAGUAGACUUCCUUGAAUCCAAACAAGAGCCUCAAUCAGCAUCAGAAAAAACACGAAGCUGAAGAGAAGAUGAGGCUGAGUAAAACAACCCUUGUCCUGGGGCAGCCUUUAGAUAUUGUAAGAGGUGAUGAGCUACAUCAAGAUGAGACUGAGGAGGCUGAGAUACAAACUGACUUAACUUGUGAACAACAAAGUAAUAUCAAGCUGGGAGAUAGUCAAAUAAAGUAGUCUACCAAUAAGCCUUCUAUACAUAGAGGGAUAAUCAAGCAAGUCUCCUUCAAAGGAGCUUAACUUGGAGUUAGAAAUCAUGAGCAUAUAAGCUAGCUUGCAAGCUAAAAAGCUAGUGUUCUCAAGGAGUUGUAAAGUAUAGUGCCUUUGGGAGAAAAAUAUGCCUUUAGUAGACUGAGCUAUCUCUAGACCAAGGAAGUACCUUAACUGGCCAAGAUUCUUUAGCUUGAAUUGAUUGUGAAGAAAAAUCUUAAGAGAAUCGAUAGCUGCAACAUUAGGACUAGCGAUAAUGAUGUCAUCAACGUAGACAAGAAGAGCCACAAAAGAAUUACCAGUUCCCUCAGUGAAAAGGGAAUAAUCAGACCGUGAUUGGUGAGAUCCAUGUUGGACAAGAACAGUAGAAAACUUAGAAAACAACUUCCUGGAGGCUUGUUUUAAGCCAUAGAUAGACAGACUUGUGAAGCUUACAAACUGACCUCUUCCCCUGAGAAGAAGCGGGAUUCUGGGGCUAAUAACCAAGAGGGAGAUCCAUGUACACUUCCUCAAAAAGAUUGCCAUUAAGGAAAGUGUUACUGACAUCAAGUUGGACAAGAGACCACUUGUUAAUAGCAACAAGAGUAAGUAAUACCUUUACAAUGACCAAUUUUGCAAUAGGGGAGAAAGUGUCUGGAAAAUCCAAGCCUUCUUGCUGGGUGUAUCCUUUAGCCACUAAGUGGGCUUUGUAUUGUUCUAUAGUGCCAUCAGAUUUGUAU